AUGGGUUCUCUUGUUUCUACCAGCCGCUUCUCAGAGUGGCCCAUCUCUUCACUCUCGUGGGGCGGCCUGCUCCUUGGGGCUUCUGUCGUUCUGGCCUUUGCCGACGCACAGGCCUGGCAAGACAUUUACGGCCACAAGGUAGCCGGCAAGAGGGCCGGGCUCGUCCCGGGCGUCAAGGAGAUUCCCAAGGUCCGGGAGUUUUACAAGUCUUACAAGGGGCAGCCCGACACCAUCAUCACGGCCGAGCACGACGGCCAUGCCCGCUUCCGCAAGAUCAUGGGCCCGGGCUUCUCCGACAAGAGCAUGAAGGCCCAGGAGCCCCUCAUCACCAAGUACAUUGACCUGCUCAUCCAGCGGCUGCAUCAGUACAGCGCCCAGGGCCCUCAGAAUAUGACCAACUGGUACAACUGGACCACCUUUGACGUGAUCGGGGACCUCGCCUUUGGAGACUCCUUCAAGUGCCUUGAAAAGGUCGAGAGCCACCCCUUCAUCACCGCCAUCUUUGGGUCCCUGCGCCACAUCCUCAUGUUCGGGUUCCUCCGCAAGGGUCUCAUGUUCCGCGCCUUUGCCCAAAAGACCCUGAAGAAGCGCAUCGAGAGCUACGAAACCAGGCCCGACCUCAUCGAGCCCCUCCUCGUUCGCAAGGACGAGGACAAGUACUCCUUUGGCCAGCUCGCCGGCAUGGCCUCCACUCUCCUCUUUGCCGGGUCGGAGACCACGGCCUCCACCCUGACCGGCGUGACCUGGCUCUUGCUAAGCAACCCCGCCGCAUACGAGAAGCUCAAGGCCGAGGUGAGGUCUGCCUUCCAAUCCGAAGACGAGAUCGAUUUCACCUCAGUGAACAGCUUGGGAUACAUGCUUGCUUGCCUGAAUGAAUCUCUCCGCCUGUUCCCACCUGUUGCUAUUGGCCUGCCGCGACGUAUCCCCGCGGGAGGCGCCACCAUCGCCGGGCAGUAUGUCCCAGAAGGUACGGUCGUGGGCGUCUACCAAUGGGCGAUCAACAGGCUGUCUUCUAACUGGAACGCCCCCGAUGAGUUCAUCCCCGAACGCUUCACCGGCGACGAGCGCUUCCAGACCGACAACCAGGCUCUGGCGUACGUUGAAAUGCGUGUCAUCCUGGCCCGCAUCAUCUGGAACUUCGAUAUGGAAUUGGCCGAGGAAGGCGAUUGGCUUGCCAAACAGGAUAACCACCUGCUCUGGAGGCGCAGGCCACUUAGCGUGAGGCUCACGCCCGUGCAGAGGUGA